UUCUGAAAGCAAAAAAGUGUGUGAGACAGUCAAUGCCACACAAAAUCCCCAUUUUUACGUGGAAAAAGCUCAAAUUUUGCCUGUUUAACGUGACGCCAGCCAACGCGGUGCUCGAGUCUCGUGUUUCCCCGUGAAAGGUUGCACGCAAAACCAAAGUGCGUGCCCAAAACGUGAAUUUUUGAGAAAUCCCCGCGCGUGAUUGAGGUUAACACAUUUUUUCCCCCAAAUUAAGUUGUUGAAUAACGCAAAAAAAAAAUUUAAACUGCAUCAUGGAGACGGAAAAUACUGUUGUGGCCUUGCAAACGCCCUUUGAAACGCGUCGCGUGCAAUGCGUGGGCCUGAAUUUCGUCAAGUAUCUGGCGACAAUCCAUUAUGGCGAAUCGGGAGGCCUUUCGACGAGCAGCAGUGAGGAAAAAAUCUCCGAUAGCACGACGGAAUUCGUUGUAGAUGUGGAUUAUUUGCGUAGUUUAGACCCGAAAGAGUGGAAGGAUCAAGACCAUUACGCGGUUUUAGGCUUGAAACACUUGAGAAACGCAGCCACAGAUGACGACAUUAAACGAGCUUACCGAAAAAUUGUGUUGAAGCACCAUCCGGACAAGCGAAAAGCGCAAGGCGAGGAAAUCCGCACCGAUGACGAUUAUUUCACGUGUAUUAUUCGCGCGUAUGAGACGCUUUCGGUGCCCGCGAAACGUCGUUCUUACGAUUCGGUCGAUCCGGAGUUCGAUGAUACGCUUCCCUCCCAACAAGCUGUCGAAAAGGACUUUUACGGCGUCCUCGGGCCACAAUUCGAACUCAAUAAACGCUGGAGCGAGAAACGAAACGUGCCAUUGUUGGGCGAUGACAACAGCGAUCGUGAUGCCGUCGAAAAAUUCUACGAUUUUUGGUACAAUUUUCAGUCGUGGCGCGAAUACAGCUAUUUGGAUGAGGAAGACAAGGACAAGGGACAAGAUCGCGAGGAACGACGAUGGAUCGAGAAGCAAAAUAAACAAAUUCGCAUCAAACGGAAAAAGGAAGAAAAUUCCCGGAUAAGGGCUUUAGUUGAUUUGGCGUACAACAACGAUCCGCGAAUUGUGAGAUUCAAAAAGGAGGAAAAAGAGAAGAAACUUGCGGCAAAACGCGCGAAACAAACAGCAGCUCAGCAACAAAAAGCCGAAGAGGAACGUCUCAUUCGCGAGGCAGAAUUAAAGAAACAAGAGGCAGAAAAAGCGGAACAAAAACGAAUUGAACAGAUCCAAAAAGAGCGCGAAGCCCAAAAACGCGCUUUGAAGAAGGAAAAGAAAAUUUUCCGCGAUACCAUGAAAGCGAACGAUUAUUAUGCCGCCGACGACAAGGAAAAACUCAAAAAUAUGGAAGGCAUUGACAAAAUUUGCGAACUCAUGAAGACCCUCGAAUUGCAAGAACUCAACAAAAAUAUGGCGACAAACGGCAAAGAAGCGUUCCUGAAAGCCCUCCAAGAAACCGAGGAAAAAAUGGAAGAAGAGCGACGUCGGUUAUUCGGUCCCCCCAAAACGGCAGCAACCCCCAGCGCUAAUUCCGCCGUCAAACCAGCCGUGAAUCGCAAACAACUCUGGACCCUGGAAAAUAUUCAGUUGCUCAUCAAGGCUGUCAAUCUCUUCCCCGCUGGCACAGUGCAACGCUGGGAAGUCGUCGCGAAUUUCCUCAAUCAGCACGCCACGAAUUUGGGUGAUGCCAAGUUCUCCGCCAAAGAGGUCUUGAACAAGACGAAAGACAUGCAGCACAGUGACUUUUCAAAAAGCGACCUGAAAGCGCAAACGAACCAAAAUGCCUUCGAGUCGUUCGAAAAAAACAAAAAGGAGCUCAAAGUCGUGGAUAAUUCGGAAAUUAGCGUAAACGAUGAAAAUGCAGAGCAAUUGGCGAACGGAAGUACAGCAAAAGUUAAUGGAACGCCAAUGGUGAACGGAAAAAAACCCGAAAAAACAGAAUCAAAAGAAGAAGCAGCAACGACGACGACGACGACAGUUGAACCCAAAACGUGGACAAAAGAGGAGCAAAGUUUGUUGGAACAAGCGAUUAAAACGUAUCCCGUGUCGACGGCAGAUCGUUGGGACAGAAUUGCCGAGUGUAUUCCGGGACGAACGAAGAAAGAGUGCUUGAAACGCGUCAAGGAGCUCGUGGAUCAAGUGAAUGCCAAGAAGAAGGCGAUGGCGAAAUAACUUCUUUUUUCUUUCUUUCUUUCUUCAUUCACUCACACAAUAAAAAUAUUUUUUUAAUUGUAAAAUUUUUCCCGCAACUAACACGAAAUUCUUAGUAAAAUGUUUGACCCAUGAUGAUGAUUAUUUCAGAUAAUAAAAAAUUGUCAAUAAAUUAUGAGUAAUUCUUAAAAAUUUU